ACAUUGUUUGGCAGUUUGCUAGUUUUGGUUGACGAGCGAGCGUCAAAGUGUUCGUCAUGCUCCGCGCACUGACUUCCACCAUCAUUCCACGCGGGGGAGCCGUGUCGUGGCGCCGCUACUCGGCCGCCAUCCCCGCUCCCAACACCCGGCCAGAAGUGCACUUUAACAAGCUGUUCAUCAACAACCGAUGGCAAGAUGCAGAAAGUGGAAAAAGUUUCCCAACAAUCAACCCAGCGACGGGGGAGAUCAUCUGCCAUGUGGCUGAGGCCAGUGAGGUUGAUGUUGACAAGGCAGUGAAGGCAGCACGGGAUGCCUUCCGGCUGGGGUCGCCAUGGAGACGAAUGGAUGCCUCCCAUCGCGGCCUUCUUCUCAGCCGCUUGGCAGAUGCCAUCGAGAAGGAUGCUGCCUACCUGGCGGAGCUGGAGACCCUGGACAACGGCAAGCCCUACGCCGUCUCUUACACCGUGGAUGUGCCCAACGUGGUGAAAUGUCUCAGGUACUACGCAGGCUGGGCUGACAAGUGGGAAGGAAAGACCAUCCCCAUUGACGGAGAUUACUUCUGCUACACCAGACAUGAACCUGUUGGAGUGUGUGGACAGAUCAUACCGUGGAACUUCCCCCUCUUGAUGCAGGCAUGGAAACUUGGUCCUGCUCUUGCAACAGGCAACACUGUGGUGAUGAAAGUGGCUGAGCAGACGCCUCUCACUGCCCUCUAUGUGGCACACCUCAUCCAGCAGGUGGGCUUCCCUGAAGGUGUGGUCAACGUGUUGCCAGGCAUGGGCCCCACAGCUGGAGCUGCCAUUGCCAGACACAUGGAUGUGGACAAGGUGGCCUUCACAGGCUCCACUGAGGUGGGUCAUCUCAUCCAGCAGGCGUCAGGUGACAGCAACUUGAAGAAGGUCACUCUGGAGCUGGGAGGGAAGUCUCCCAACAUCAUCCUGUCUGAUGCCAACUUGGAGGAUGCGGUGGAACAGUCGCACUUUGCACUCUUCUUCAACCAAGGCCAGUGUUGUUGUGCAGGAUCUCGCACCUUCGUGCAUGCAGACAUCUACCAGGACUUUGUGCAGCGCAGUGCUGAGCGCGCACGCUCUCGUGUGGUCGGUAACCCCUUUGACCUAACCACUGAGCAGGGACCCCAGGUGGAUGAGGAACAGUUCCAGAAGAUUCUGGGUUACAUCCGAGUUGGGAAGAGUGAAGGAGCCAGGCUGGUGUGUGGAGGAGGCGUGGCUUCUGACAAAGGUUACUUCAUCCAACCUACUGUCUUUGGAGACGUGCAGGACAACAUGACCAUCGCCAGGGAGGAGAUCUUUGGUCCCGUCAUGCAGAUCCUCAAGUUCCACACCCUGGAGGAGGUGGUGGAGCGAGCCAAUGACUCCAAGUACGGUCUGGCGGCGGCCGUCUUCACCAAGGACUUGGACAAGGCCAACUACGUCUCACAUGCCUUGCGUGCUGGCACCGUCUGGAUCAACUGUUACGACGUCUUCGGGGCCCAGGCUCCCUUUGGGGGCUACAAGGCUUCAGGAAACGGCCGAGAGCUGGGAGAGUACGGCCUGGACAACUACACCGAGGUCAAGACGGUGACCAUGAAAGUACCUCAGAAGAAUUCCUGAGCAUGAAGCAGUCAAAUAAAAUUUCCUUCAGCAGAUUUUACUCUUUUAAAUGAUUUUUUACACAAAUGUAUUCAACUAGUACUUCAACUUGUACUUCAACUAGUACUUCGACUAGUUUAGUCAGCAAUCACACAUGUGACCUCUAGAGUGGCAGACAAGAGUGUCAACAACAACACAACAUCUUCAAGAAAAGUACAACAGAAAAUGUUGACUCAUGAUGAAAAUGUAACACACACACACACACACACACAUUGGAACACACACACACACA